AUGGUGCAGCGGAGGUCGGCGCGGCGGUGGGUGAAGGAGAACACUGCACCUCCAUCCUCCUCCAUCAAGGUGGAUGGGUCAUCAAGGACCGGGAUUCUCCAACUCAGUUUUGCUCCAAACCUUCCCACCAUGAAUAUUGGAGCACUAGAUUCAUGCAAGCCUACCAACAACAACGUUGGGCAUCCACCCCAGAAUGGGACUUCCGCCGUCCAGGACUCCCACCCUUCAUCCGCCAUGACCGCCCCUGACGCCACCCUGGGCCGCCAUCUCGCUCACCGGCUAGUCCAGAUUGGCGUCAGUGACGUCUUCUCGGUGCCCGGUGACUUCAACCUCACGCUUCUUGAUCACCUCAUUGCUGAGCCAGGGCUUAACAACAUUGGCUGCUGCAAUGAGCUCAAUGCCGGCUAUGCUGCCGAUGGGUAUGCAAGGUCGCGUGGUGUCGGCGCUUGCGUUGUCACGUUCACAGUUGGUGGGCUUAGCCUGCUCAAUGCCAUUGCUGGUGCUUAUAGUGAUAAUCUUCCUGUCAUUUGUAUUGUGGGUGGUCCCAAUACCAAUGACUAUGGGACUAAUAGGAUUUUGCACCACACCAUCGGAUUGCCUGAUUUCAGUCAGGAACUCCGCUGCUUCCAAACUGUAACUUGUUAUCAGGCUGUAGUCAAUAACUUGGAAGAUGCACAAGAACAAAUUGAUACUGCAAUUUCUACUGCUCUGAAAGAAAGCAAGCCUGUCUACAUUAGCAUUAGCUGCAAUUUGUCUUCCAUCCCUCACCCAACUUUCAGCAGAGUCCCUAUUCCGUUUGCACUUUCGCCCCGAUUGACUAACCAGAUGGGGCUUGAAGCUGCUGUGGAGGCAACAGUAGCCUUCUUGGAGAAAGCAGUAAAGCCAGUGAUGGUGGGUGGACCAAAACUGAGAGUUGCAAAGGCUUGUGAUGCAUUUGUUGAACUAGCAGAUGCUAGUGGUUAUGCAGUUGCUGUGAUGCCAUCAGCGAAAGGGUUGGUGCCAGAGCAUCACCCCCAUUUCAUUGGGACAUUUUGGGGAGUUAUUAGCACAGCCUACUGCGCCGAGAUCGUUGAAUCUGCCGAUGCAUAUUUGUUUGCCGGACCUGUUUUCAAUGACUUCAGUUCUGUGGGGUACUCCCUCCUCCUGAAGAAGGAGAAGGCGAUCAUCGUGGAGCCUAAUCGGGUGGUGGUUGGUAAUGGUCCUGCUUUUGGAUGUGUUAUGAUGAAGGACUUCCUCAGUGCACUUGCAAAGAGGCUUAAGCCCAACACCAGUGCUUAUGAAAACUACCGCAGAAUCUAUGUCCCCGAUGGCGUUCCAAGGGAAAGCAAGCCUAACGAACCUUUGAGGGUUAAUGUUCUGUUCCAGCAUAUCCAGAAGAUGCUCUCACAAGACACUGCAGUGAUUGCUGAGACUGGGGAUUCCUGGUUUAACUGCCAGAAACUCAAACUACCAGAGGGAUGUGGGUAUGAAUUCCAAAUGCAGUACGGUUCGAUUGGGUGGUCUGUUGGUGCUACUCUGGGGUAUGCACAAUCUGUACCAGAAAAGCGAGUCAUUGCUUGCAUUGGUGAUGGGAGCUUCCAAGUGACAGCCCAAGAUGUUUCAACAAUGAUUCGUUGCGGGCAAAAGACUAUAAUUUUCUUGAUCAACAAUGGUGGAUAUACCAUUGAGGUUGAAAUCCACGAUGGCCCAUACAAUGUGAUUAAGAAUUGGAAUUACUGUUUGCUUGUCGAUGCAAUUCACAACGGUGAAGGAAAGUGCUGGACAACAAAGGUACAAUGUGAAGAGGAGCUUAUAGAAGCAAUUGCAAUGGCAACAGGGGAGAAGAAGGAUUGUCUGUGCUUCAUUGAUGUGAUUGUUCACAAGGAUGAUACAAGCAAAGAGCUGCUUGAAUGGGGUUCUCGAGUUGCUUCAGCCAAUGGCCGCCCCCCCAACCCUCAGUGA